UAGUGACCGUUUAUUGUAUAUUUAGUACUAUGGUAUAUUUUGAAGCUGAAAUUGUCCCGAAAGCACGGUAAAGGUAUGAUGCAAUUCGUGGACCAUGUUCCUCUUCACAAAGGCGAAUCUCAUACGCAUUUUGGUCGGAGCAAUAUGCUUAUUGUUGGUGCUUAACUUUGUGGGCUUCCGAACCGAUGGAGCCAGCGGCACCUCCCUCAGCAAGCUUAGCAUUCGGCGCGUGCACAAAUAUGCGCAUAUCUAUGGGAACGACAGCACCAGCAGCAGCAGUGGAGGAGCCCGGCUGCCUGCCGCUCCGCUUGCUUUGUCCAAGGAGAGGGAGCAGGAAAAGGAGCGGGACCAAGGACUUCACGGUGCACCCAACUCCACCUUACUGACUGUGAUUGCGAUUGCAAACUUUACUUCCAUUCCACAAGACUUAUCGCGUUUCCCGCUGAGCACGCACAAGCCGCUGCCAACGUUGGGACAGAAAUCCACUUCCGCCCUUCUCCUAGCCAACUGCACUGAUCCCGAUCCUCGCGAUGGUGGACCCGUCACUCCCAACACCACCCUAGAAUCUUUGGAUGUAAUUGAGGCCGAGUUGGGACCACUGCUGCGCCCUGGCGGCGCCUUCCAUCCCGACAAUUGCAAUCCGCAACAUCACGUGGCCAUUGUGGUGCCCUUUCGCGAUCGAUAUGCCCAUCUGUCCGUCUUCCUGCGCAACAUUCAUCCGUUCCUUAUGCGCCAACGCAUCGCAUAUCGCAUUUUCAUUGUGGAGCAGACGAACGGAAAGCCCUUUAAUCGGGCCGCCAUGAUGAACAUUGGUUACUUGGAGGCCUUAAAACUGUAUCAAUAUUGCUUUAUAUUCCACGAUGUGGAUUUGUUGCCACUGGACGAUCGCAAUCUGUACAAUUGUCCACGUCAGCCGCGGCACAUGUCCGUAGCGAUAGAUACGCUGAAUUUUCGGUUGCCUUAUCGAUCCAUUUUCGGCGGUGUAUCUGCCAUGACGCGUGAGCACUUUCAGGCGGUAAAUGGGUUCUCAAACUCGUUUUUCGGCUGGGGCGGCGAGGACGAUGAUAUGUCCAAUAGGCUUAAGCAUGCCAAUCUCUUCAUAUCAAGGUAUCUCAAUAUAGCCCGCUACAAGAUGCUGAAGCAUCAAAAGGAGAAGGCCAAUCCCAAGCGCUAUGAGAACCUGCAGAAUGGCAUGAGCAAGAUAGAACAAGACGGCAUCAACUCGAUUAAGUAUGCCAUUUAUAGCAUCAAGGAGUUUCCGACUUUUACUUGGUAUUUAGCUGAGCUAAAAAACUCCGAGCGCAAGAGCUAGCCUGUGCAAUAUAUAUAGACGGAAUGUGCAAUAUGCAGUAUGUACAAAGGACAACAUUACUUUCACGAACAUAGUCUCUUUUUAAAUAGAAGAACAAGAUU